UACAGUUUUGAGACUACGAAGCACGAAACACGAAGUAUAAGCCCACAAAGUUUGAGAUUAUAAAGAAAACGGAACGGUAACUCUUUUGAAAAUGUACGUGGCUACACGAAAUGAAAGAAAACCCCAAAACAAUAAAUCAAAUUACGAAAAUGUGAUCGUCUCGUGUGAUGUGUCUGUGGUGUCGAGUUAUUUCUCAAGCAAUGCUCUCGACUCGAUGUUUUUGGCGGAUUCAAGGCCAGAGCCAGUCAUCGUAACCACCCAACAGCCACCCAUCAUGCAAGUUUUGCUUGUGCAGGUGUUAACCUGCCGUCAGCAACAAUCUCAGGAUCACCGCUUGCCAGAUAAAAAGCAUCCAAUUGGAUUGGAAGAACUACGAUGUCACGGAUCUCUCCUUUUCCCCUUCCUUUCAAUGUUCUCGUGUAUGCCCAUGAGAGUGUGGGUGUAUUCACGAGGACACCCUUUUUACCCUUAUCCCGUCCUGGUGCCAUUGAACUCUUCCAGCUGAUGGAUGGAGCAACUGUGGAUGCCUGGCUGUUUUUCCCAGGCACAAAGGUAGGACACAAUUGAUCUGUUCUUCCUUUUUGACAAUGUUUGGUGGCGUUGAUUUUAAAUCGAUAUGUAGUCACGGAGUAUGUUUAUUCCUGUGAGCUAGCCAGCUAGGCGUUUGACUGCAACUGUUUUUCCCUCUCCGUUUUUGUUUUUUUCUCAGUAAGGUUUCACUAGAAAUCUCACGUGUCGACUGCAGAUCAGGCCUGUUUUUUUAUUUUGUAACUCACAACUUUCUCUGUGGGUAAACUAUUACAUUCGAAAACAUUUGAACUUUAAGCACUUGAAGCAAAAGUGCAACAAGACUAUUUUUUUAACCAAGAGGAACCUGCCGCCACACAGGUACCUCCUCGUUACGCUGCUCCACCUUUGCUCCGCUU